AUAAUUAACGGGCGAAAUCAAAUGCCCGCUUAAACACGGAAAGCGAGCGUGAGUGGCGUCACCCAUUUCCCUCCCCCUCGAAUUCUGCCAUUUUCUUCCACCUUCCCCCGAUCGAUCGAGCGAGAGCGAGACCUCGUCGUCUUCCCUCGAUUCCCAGUUCCCUCUCGCCGAAGCAACCCCCGGCAGGCGAAUCCGUCCGCCCAAAACCCUAGCCCCGGAUCAGGCAGAUCCCGCUCUCUCUCUCCCCCCUUGUCCAUUGCUGCUGGAUCCCUCCCUUCCUCCCCCGCUCUCGCCGCGCUGAGCCCAGCUGACGGUGCUCUCCCACCGUCCAUUGCCGCUCCCCUUCGCCGCAUUGGGGGGACGCGUUGGGUGUCGGGCUUGCGCGCGGGGGUGGAGAUCUGGGAGAGGGGAGGCGGAGGCGAUCUUGGGCCUGGCUGGCUGGCUGGCUGGCCGUGAGGUAGGGCGGAGAUGACGCGGUGGCGGUGGGCGCCGGGGAGGAUCUGCGCGGUGGUGCUGAUUUGGCUCGCCGCGGCCGCCGCGGGAGAUCCCGAUCCCGACGACCUGGACCGCGCGUUUCCAAUUGUCGAGCCAGAUUAUGGCCACACUAAACUCCGUCUCUCAGAACAAGGUCUGGAAGCAAUAAGGAGGAUCGAAAAUCCUAUUGCUGUUGUUGCUGUCAUUGGUCCAUACCGAUCUGGAAAAUCUUUUCUCUUGAACCAACUUCUUUCCUUAUCAUGUGAUAAAGGUUUUGGAGUUGGUCAUAUGCGGGAUACAAAAACUAAAGGUAUAUGGACAUGGGGUGCACCUAUUGAAAUGGAUGUUGAUGGUACCAAAGUAUCUGUCCUUUAUCUUGACACUGAAGGAUUUGAGAGUGUUGGCAAAUCCAAUGUAUAUGAUGAUAGGAUAUUCGCUUUGGCAACCGUUCUAAGUUCAGUGCUUAUCUACAACCUUCCUGAGACGGUGCGCGAAGCUGAUAUAUCGAGGCUCUCAUUUGCUGUUGAAAUAGCCGAAGAAUUCUAUGGAAGAGUGAAGGGGGGAGAUAUCGCUUUUGAGCCAGCAAAACUGCUCUGGCUUAUCCAGAGGGAUUUCCUGCAAGGAAAGUCUGUUCAACAGAUGGUCAAUGAAGCCCUCCAACGGGUGCCUAAUGAUAAUGGGAACAAAUACAUUGAUGAGGUCAAUCAAAUCAGAGAUUCGUUAGCAGUUAUGGGCAACAACAGCACUGCUUUUAGCUUGCCCCAGCCUCAUCUACAAAGAACAAAGUUAUGCGACAUGGACGACAAAGAGCUUGACCCAUUGUAUGUAGAGAGGCGGGAACAAUUGAAGCAUGUUGUUGGAUCAAUCAUAAGACCUAAACUUGUGCAGGGGAAAACUCUUAAUGGAAAGGAGUUUGUAUCCUUUCUUCAGCAGAUACUUGAGGCUUUGAAUAAAGGAGAGAUUCCAUCGACGGGAUCCCUUGUUGAAAUUUUCAACAAGGCUAUUCUUGAACGUUGUCUAAAGGUGUACAGGGAAAAAAUGGAUGGCUUACGUCUACCUGUAUCAGUAGACAAAUUGCAGCAAAAUCAUGAAGUGGCAAAUGAUCAAGCUAGAAUGCUCUUUGAUAAGCAGCACUUUGGUAAACAUCAUGCUGCUCAAUCAGUCCUCAAGCUUGAUGACGAGAUUAAAAAGGUGUACAGAAAUUUCCUUCUAGCUAAUGAGUAUCAAUCAUCAAAGCUCUGUGAAUCACGCUUCUCGGAAUGUGAAGAUAAAAUGGAUCACCUUCAAGUCUUGAAGCUUCCUUCAAUGGCAAAGUUCAAUGCAGGCUUUUUUCACUGCAAUCGGACUUUUGUAUUUGAUUGCGUGGGUCCUGCGAAGGAACGCUAUGAACGUAGAAUGUCAAAGAUGCUCCUCAAGUCUCGUGCUCUUUUCAUCAAGGAGUACAAUAACAAGCUCUUCAAUUGGUUGGUGACUUUCUCCCUAGUCAUGGUUGUUCUUGGGCGCUUUGUCAUCAAGUUCCUUUUACUUGAAAUUGCUGCUUGGGUGAUGUUUAUCUUCCUGGAAACAUACACGAGGAUGUUCUGGUCAGCAGAGUCUCUGUACUACAACCCAGCUUGGCACGUCAUUGUUUCUUCCUGGGAAACCAUUGUGUAUAGCCCGAUUCUCGAUUUGGACAGAUGGGCGAUCCCUAUUGCCCUAUUGCUAUCCUUUUGGCUUCUUUACUGGCGAUGCUUCGGUAGAAGAAAACGGGGCGGCCGCUCAUUACUGCCACUGUACAAGAACUCUCACAAGAACUCCAGUCGUCCAAGAUCAGACUGAUCACAUGGCUUUAUUUUGCAAGCAUGGUAUAGAAGCCUCACCAAAAAAAUAGGACAAGGAGAUAGUUUGAAUCUUUCAUCCAUCCAUGGCAUUGGAUGGGCCUUAUUUUGAUGACGGUCGCCAAGACCCAAGGGCGCGUCUCGGAUUCAUUUUGGCCGAUGACGAGACGAAUGGGAGUUCCGGCGUCGGGGCACUUGAGCAAGCCUUUGUUGUAAUACAUGAAUAUAUUGAUGCACUUUUGUAGCUAGGAUGUUCUUGCGAUGUGUGACCUCAUUCAUUGAUUAUUGUUUACACCUCAACGAAGAUUAUAUGAUGAAUUGGUUUUCUUAAGCAUU